AUGAGGAAUAUAAGGGUGAGUCGAAUGCUGCAGCUGUCCUUCGUGCUGAUGGGACUCUGUCAGGCCCGCCGAGACCAUCCACCAGGCGAUCCCUCUGCAUCACAGGAGUCAGGUGAGGUCCCUGUGUCCCAGCUCAAAAUGCUCUCGCUGGGUCUGGCUCACCUGCUGAAGGGGGUGGAGGAGAACGCUGGGAAGCUGGAGCAGCAGGGAGAGCGAGUGGCAACAGAGUUGGACGGGGCCACCAGGAGUCUGGAGAGCCUCCGAAAGCAGAGUUUGCAGACAGGACGGACUCACAGGCAGGUGAGGAAGGACCUGCAGGUGAUGAGUGCCAGGGGUGACAGGAUGCGGAGGGCAGUCAGAGAUCUGCAGAAAGGGAUGGAGGAACUGGAGACGGAGCAGGAAGCCAUGCAGCAACAGAUGAACCGGAUCCUCCAGGGAGUGAAGAGCCUGACCGAGCCUAGAUCAGAGGGUCGAAGACAGCUCAAUAUCAGAGCCAUGAAGGUGAUCGUAGAUAAACAGUCGAGACGGCUUGCCAGUCUGACCUCUGAGGUUUCAGCCCGAGAUAGAAUGAUUGACAGACGCCUGAAGCACAUUGAAAACCUGGAGAAACAGGUGUCUGAGAACCUCCCAGCAGUGCUGCAGGCAGAUUGUGACACCAACUGUGUCCAAUGAGCACAGCUGCAUCAACACAGUAACUCUGAGCGAAUCCACUCACAAGCUGCAAUAAUUUUUCACUAUU